UCACAGGAGACCAAGCGAACGUGCACGAGUACGUCUCUAACGCGACAAAUUGUGAGCGUGCAUUAGCAGAAUAUUCUGGCGAAGACCUCACAGGAAGCUAGCAUGCAGCAAGGGGACUUCAUUCAUUUCCUUCAGUGUUAUUCAGUUUAAAAUAAGCCUUUUCUGAACUUUGACAUGACGCUGACACCUCUUGUUUACUGGGCUCAACGUCACGAGGAAAUUUACCUGCGUGUAGAGCUGACAGACGCUCAGAAUAUUGAUGUCCAAGUGCAUGAGAAUGUCCUUAAAUUCCAAGCUCUGGGGCGUGGUGCUAAGGGACAGCACAAUUAUGAGUUCAGCUUAGAGUUUCUUUUACCAGUAAAACCAGAGGUGAGACACAAGUCCACACAGCGGCAGGUAAACAUCACAGUGCGGAAACAGCAGCGAGGCUGGUGGGAAAGGCUGACUGUGCUGGAGCGUAAACCGGUUUUCCUGGCGCCAGACUUUGACCGCUGGCUGGACGAGUCAGACGCUGAGAUGGAACUCCAGGAAAAGGAGGAGAAAAAGAACAGACUGAAGACUGCGAGGCAUACAGAAGAAGGGUUUAUUAGCCUGAAAACAAGCUUUUUGCUUGUUUACAACCUAGUCCAGUUUCUUGGAUUUUCAUGGAUAUUCGUGAACAUGACCGUACGCCUCUUCAUCUUUGGGCAAGACUCACUCUAUGACACGUUUCACACCAUAUCGGAUGUGAUGUUCUUCUGCCAGACCUUGGCAUUAGUUGAGGUGUUUAACGCUGCUUUCGGUGUGGUUCGAACUGGUGUUUUCCCCACUCUCAUACAGGUAGUUGGUAGGAAUUUUGUCCUCUUCAUCAUUUUUGGUAGUCUGGAAGAAAUGCACCACCGACCUGUUGUGUUCUUUGCUUUCUAUCUGUGGAGCGCCAUUGAGAUUUUUAGGUAUCCAUUUUACAUGCUUGGCUGUUUUAACACAGAGUGGAAAACUCUCACUUGGUUGCGCUACAGUGUCUGGAUACCGCUGUAUCCAUUAGGUGUUUUAGCUGAAGCUGUUGCAGUGGUACAGUCCAUCCCCAUCUUUGACCAAACCAAGCUCUACAGCAUUCCUCUGCCAAAAGCCAUUGGAACUUCCAUCAACUUCUCUUACUUCUUGCAUGUCUAUCUGAUUCUCAUGUGUCUGGGGCUUCUUAUCAACUUUCGACACCUUUACAAGCAGAGGAAAAGGCGCUUCCGGACCAAAAAGAGGAAGACACAUUAAUUCUCAGCACUAACAGUAAUCCUCCAAAGCCUCUACUGCCUGCACACAUUUUCAAACCUGACCCUGCUUUAGUUCAGAACAUAAUUUUUUUU